AAUUAAAAAGACCUGCAGUGGCGGGUGUCAACAUUUUUGUUGAUAAAAAAAAAAAUUAGAUAAUAAGCCCUAAAUUAUGUUUAAAAACUUGACACGGUCCGUGCGCGGCCUGACCUCGCGCGCACUCACGCAUUAUAAUUAUGCCACCAGCAGCAGCAGCAGCAGCAGUGGCAGUGGCAGUGGCAGUAGCAGUAGCAGCGGAAGUGCUACAAAUUCCACUGGUGACCAAUUUGUUGCCGUAACGAAGGCCACGGAGGGUUGGCUGCAGAAGCUACAGGACGCCGGCGUUCCAGAUACCGAAUUCAAUGUGAAAUGCAUUGUGUCGCAUGUGCUGAAGCGUAAAUUUAACACCGUGCCCGACAACUUUGCCCAGCUGCAGUUCGAUGCCCAACAACUGGCGGACUUUGAGCGCUUCCUGGAGGCACGCUGUGCCCGCAUGCCGCUGCAGCACAUCAUCGGCGAAUGGGAUUUCUUGGACAUUACCCUAAAGACAGCGCCCACUGUGUUCAUUCCACGGCCCGAGACGGAGGAGUUUGUGCGUCUGGUCAUCGAGAGCUAUAAGCAUGCGAAGCAUGUAAAUAUGCUGGAAGUGGGCUGUGGAUCGGGCGCCAUGUCCCUAUCGAUGCUGCACGCACUGCCCCAGGUGGAGGCGACGGCCAUUGAGCGGAGUAAGGCGGCCACGGUUCUGGCUGUGGAAAAUGCCAAGCUAUUGGGUCUGCAGCAUCGUUUCCAGGUGCACAAUCACACCAUGGUGGCGGACCAAUACAUGCCAGAGCCGCUCAAGGAAAAGAAGUACGAUUUGAUCAUAUCAAAUCCGCCCUACGUGAAGACGGACGAGUUUCAGUUCCUGCAUCCCGAAGUGGUGGUGUAUGAGAAUCUGAAUGCCUUGGAUGGCGGCUCGGAUGGCUUGAGAGUGGCACGCGUGGUCUUUGAUCUGGCCUGCCGUCACCUGCAUUCCGGUGGCAAGCUGUGGCUGGAGCUGGGCAACGAGCAUCCGCCCAUGGUCAAAACGAUAAUGCAUCUCAAGUACGAGGGUCGCCUCAACUUUGUGGGCAGCUACUGCGAUCAGUAUAAGCGCGAGAGAUUCGUGCAGAUUGAGAAGGUCUAGAAUAUAAGACAUACAAAUUAAUGCAACCUACGAUUAGUCAAUGCCUAAGCAAUUAAGCUGUGAUUUAGACUCAACCUGUACGCUCACACACAGAGGCUCACAAUUAUAGUAUACAUAUAUGGAAUCAAUAUAUAGCGCGCGCAGUUUAA